GUCAACGUGAMAUAUUUUGAGGUGAAUUGUUGAAAGAAAUUAUUGAAAUGAAAUUCGGUUACUCACUGUGUCUCUUGCUGGCGGCAUCCUUCCAUGCCGAGGGGUUUACAACUCCCGGACCGAGUGUGGGGGCUUUCUCGGCCACGAACAGCAAACGCAAGUCAUCCACAACUACUGUCGUUGCCCAAGACAGCAGUACGCAGCUGUCAAUGGUUGCUUCUCCCCAGACAAUUGUUCCCAAGAUCGCGAUCAAGGUUGCUGCAGUUGCCCUGUCCACCGCCUUGGCAGGAACAGGAUUUGUCAAAUUGUUCCUCGACAAACCCUCGAGAACGUAUGGAUCGGGAACCGUUGCUAAUGAAUACGAUGAAUGGACCGAAGAAGGAAUUCUGGAGUAUUACUGGGGAGAACACAUCCAUCUGGGUUACUAUGGUCCAGAUGUGAAGUACAAAUACAGACCACUGAACGAGGCUCAGUACACAUUCAUCGACGAAAUGAUGAAGUUCGGUGGGAUCGAUCCCCAGAAAGACAAAGCGGCAAAGGUCCUAGACGUUGGUUGCGGGUUUGGUGGAACCUCUCGGUAUUUGGCUCGAGCACUAGGGCCCGAGGCUGAAGUGACGGCCAUCACCCUGAGUCCGAAACAGGUGGAACGGGCGCAAGAACUUGCCAUCGAGCAGGAUACCCACAACGUCAACUUCAUGGUCGAGGACGCUUUGGAGAUGCCUAGCUUCCCCGACAACUCCUUUGACAUUGUGUGGGCGUGUGAAAGCGGAGAACACAUGCCUGACAAGAAAAAAUACAUCGAACAAAUGAUGCGAGUCUUGAAGCCCGGUGGUAAAUUCGUCAUGGCCACCUGGUGUCAGCGUGACGACCGAGAGGUUCCCUUUGACAAGCGUGACAAGCGCGAUUUGCAGUACUUGUACGAAGAAUGGUAGGUGAUCAGUUCCAGUUUGCUGUGAUUGAUAUUUUUGUUCCAAAUUCACUGUUUCCUUUCCUAUACUCACCGCCGACUCUCCGCGUUUCUUCGACGAAUUUCCAACAAACAAUGUUGAUUUUGAUGUUGUUUCACACCGCUCAAAUUAUUCCAGGACCCACCCCUACUUUAUCUCGAAAGAGGAAUACACGCAAUUGAUCGACAACACUGGUGUCAUGAACAAGGUAACGGCAGCCAACUGGGUCAGGGAAACUAUCGCCAGUUGGAGGCAUACAAUUUUCAAGGGUGCUAAGGACCCUCGUGGUUUCAUUUUCAAGCCUAAAAAGUACAUAAAGACCCUUCGAGAUGCCUACUGCAUCGAACGCAUGCACAGAGCCUUCAAAAGAGGACUCAUGGAGUAUGGCAUGUUGACUGCUACCAAGAAAGCAUAAAUUUAACAUGACGGAUCUGAAAAAACGGGAGGACAAGUGUACUUCUGUCAAUCGACGAGAGAACCUGCCAUGAUUCAAGAGCAUACCAAUAACAAAUAUCAUGGUCUGGUUAUUGAAGAUAUAGAUCGUUGAGCUCGGACACAUCUUUUCAUUGGCAAAUGAUAUCUGAAUAAUUAACGUUGUUUAAA